UCAAAAGCAGAUGUUAUAAAGUUCUCUCUCUGCCAACCAUUUCUUAUUUGAGUCUCAUUUUUACUCUCACUCUCUCAUUCAGUUUCAGAACAAAGAAAAAUGGCACAGAAGGCAUUUGGAUGGGCAGCAAGAGAUACUUCUGGCAUUCUUUCACCCUUCCAUUUUUCCAGAAGAGAAAAUGGAGAAAAAGAUGUUACAUUUAAGGUGUUGUACUGUGGAAUAUGCCACACGGACCUGCACAUGGUCAAGAAUGACUGGGGAAUCUCCGCCUAUCCUGUCGUACCUGGGCAUGAGAUUGUUGGAGUAGUAACAGAGGUGGGAAGCAAAGUGGAGAAGUUCAAAAGGGGUGACAAAGUUGGCGUGGGUUGCUUGGUGGGAUCAUGUCGUUCAUGCGAGGAUUGCAGCAACGACCUCGAGAACUACUGCCCCAAGAUGGUACUCACCUACGGUGGCGCCAAGUACUUCGACGGAACCACCACUCACGGCGGCUACUCUGAUUUCAUGGUGGCCGAUGAGCAUUUCCUCGUUCGAGUCCCAAACGGCAUUGCCCUUGAUGCCGCUGCUCCUCUCCUCUGUGCUGGGAUUACAGUCUAUAGCCCUUUGAAAUAUUAUGGACUCGAUAAACCAGGUGCACAUGUUGGGAUAGUUGGUCUAGGUGGACUAGGACACGUGGCAGUCAAAUUUGCCAAGGCUAUGGGAGCUAAGGUCACUGUGAUCAGUACCUCUCCUAACAAGAAGGACGAAGCUAUUCAACGUUUUGGUGCUGAUUCAUUUUUGGUCAGCAGUGACCAGGCUCAGAUCAAGGCUGCUACAAGCACCAUGGAUGGCAUCAUUGAUACAGUUUCUGCCUUCCAUCCUCUUCUGCCUUUGAUUGGUCUUUUAAAGUCUCAUGGAAAGCUGGUUAUGGUUGGUGCUCCUGACAAAGCACUUGAGUUGCCAAUUUUGCCUUUGAUAUUUGGAAGAAAGGCUGUGGUUGGAAGUUGCGUUGGAGGAAUGAAGGAAACACAAGAGAUGAUUGAUUUUGCAGCCAAGCACAAUAUAACACCAGACAUUGAGGUUGUUCCCAUGAACUAUGUUAACACUGCACUACAGCGUCUUUCAAAAGGAGAUGUUAGAUAUCGCUUUGUGAUUGAUAUAGGAAACACAUUGAACUCUACCAUGUAAGACUGCGACCAUCCAAUUUCCCUUUUUCCUUUCUUUCUUGUAAUUUCAUACAGUAACAAUAAUCAGUUGAUUCGUCCUGAAAAAUCCACUUUCUUAGAUGUUUGAAUCA